CGCAGCGCAUACACAAUGGCUGCUCGAAAGAGGGGAAAGCAAACAAUUUUCAGGCCCGCCGCGUCUAGCAAAAAAUAUGAGAAAAAAAUUAUUAAAAAUUCGGAAAAUAGUUGAAAGUGAAGAAAACCCCAACAGAAAGAAUGUUAAAGCGACCAGGGCCCCUGGGUCCGGCAAGUGUUGAGCACAUAAAACUGGAUAGAAUAACUGCAUCAGCACCAUUUGGGCACUGCACCCCUGUCCAUGUAGCUGGUCAGCCUUAGAGUGCCAUGGCCACGGGAACCCAGGGCCACCGUGACCGCAUCCUGGAGAAAGCCAAGAUUGCCCCACCCACAGGGAGGCGCAGGAGAGCAGAGGGGAAGCUGAAAAAGAAUUUCCCUUGCCAGGAGUGUCAGAAAGCUUUCAACAGUCUGGAGAAGUUGAAGGUGCACUCGUACUCUCACACAGGAGAAAGACCCUACUGCUGCUCACAUCCCGACUGCACCAAGGCUUUUGUCUCCAAAUACAAGCUGCUACGGCAUAUGGCAACUCACUCACCAGAAAAAAUCCACAAGUGUUCAUACUGUGAGAAAAUGUUCCACCGCAAGGAUCACUUAAAGAAUCACCUACACACUCAUGACCCAUACAAGGAGGCAUUCACCUGUCAGGAGUGUGGCAAGAGCUACAACACCAAGCUUGGCUUCAAACGCCACCUUGCCCUCCACGCUGCCAACAGUGGAGACCUCACCUGCCAAGUGUGCCUGCAGCCAUUCCCCAGCACUGGGGUUCUUCUGGAACACCUCAAAACACAUGCUGGCAAGUCCUCUGGUGGAACCAAAGAGAAAAAGCAUCGCUGUGAGCAUUGUGAGCGGCGAUUUUACACCCGUAAAGAUGUGCGACGACAUAUGGUGGUUCAUACCGGACGGAAGGACUUCCUUUGUCAGUACUGUGCCCAGCGCUUUGGUAGGAAGGACCACCUGACACGUCACGUGAAAAAGAGCCAUGCUCGGGAGCUGCUGAGAGUAAAAACUGAGCCAGCCGAUUUGCUGGAGCCCGUUGUCUACAACUUAGCGCCUGGGGGCAUCAAGGGCGAGCUCCCGGCAAUGUUGACACCAAGGCUGCAUCAGCUCAACAUGUGCACAGGGCCUGUCCUGGACACAGAGCCUUUUCCCACUCCCACAAAUCCCUUUUCUUUUAAGUACCCACUGGGCUCCAACUUUACCUCAUACACCGUCUCCUCACAGGAGCGAGAGCAGAAUCUAAAGGGAGAACUGGAGACCUACCUGAUGGAGCUGCAGAGUAGCAUGCCCUCCUCAUCCUCUGCAGCCCAAGAACCACAACUCUCCUCCUCAAAACUUGAGCUGGAGCCUCAAGUGGGCUUGGUGGAGGAAGCAAGCGAGGGGGUGUCCAUGUCCAAAAUGUCCUCACCGAUGGCAGCAGCCACCACAGGUGACUCUUUGGCCUCUUCCUCCUCUCUGAUGGACUUCUCGCAGCUUUUCAAUUUCCUGCCACUCAAUGGGCCCCCGUACAACCAGGCAGGGGGCAGCGGGGUAGAGGGUGUCACCUAUCCACCGAGUGAAGAGCCCACAACUCUCGUCCAGCUGCCUUCCCAGCCUCCCGAAGGCCCAGCAGCCUCAGAGAGUCCACUUCAAAGGCUCCCCUCCUCCUUCAUAUCCAACCCAUCAACCACACUGCCCCGCUUCCACCAAGCUUUUCAGUGAUCCAGUAUGUACUGCGCUUAGCACACAUGCACUCUAACACCAACAUUCUGACACACGUGUUGAGCUACACAGCCUCCCCAACAAGAACCAAAACAACAUGCUAGUAAAAGUUUUAAAGAUAUUAGCACUUCUGGCCAUUUAAUAUGACGACAUGAGCAACACACACACACACACACACACACACACACACACACACACACACACACACACACACACACUUGGCUUCAUCAGCUGUGCUACUUUCAGGAUGUAUUCUUUUCAUCUUUUUAUUGAUGAGUUGCCAAAUCUUCACCACGACUUCUCCCUAAUUACAUGUUCACAUAAUACCAAUAAAUGAUCCUCUUGUGUUGUGUGGAUAUGCAGAUACAAUAUCUAAACUCUAGUUUCUUGCCAUUUGCAAGUUUUAUAACCUAACAUAAUCGGUUGCAAAUACCAAGAGAAUUUACUGUUUCAAAGACCUGCAAGUUUCAAUAUCCAUAAACAUUUUGAAUUGUAGUGUAGGCUUGUAAAAUUCAGCCGUGGGCAGUGCUCAUAAAUGUCAAUACAGCUCAAGUUCUCAGUUUUGGUGCAGCACUGCUCUGUGCGCUGCAUCGCAGACAAAAACACAUCACAUACACAUUAAUGGAGCAAAAACUCCUCACAAUAAUGUGUACAUUAAUUAGUCUUUUUGGAAGUUUGAAAUUGUUUAAAUAGAUGAAUGCUAACAGUAAUUUCAUUGCAGUGACAUUGAUUUAACCCUGCUUGUGUUUUUGUCUGUAACAUUGCUGUAAUGUAUGUGCGUAACAGCUGCAUUAGGCAGUUCAGUGGUGUCACCUUGUCAGCAGCAGCAGACCUAAUGUUCACUCCCCUGGAUUACACAACCAGACUUCAAGUCUCCACAAGUUUAUUUCCCAUACAUAGUGAAAUUAUAGGACACCUACAACUUCCUGCAAAUUUAGGGAAAAGCAAUAAAAACAUUUCAAACAUGCUAUAGGAAUUAAAUAAAGUAUAUGUGAAAUGGGCGAAAACAUGCAAAAACAUCAAUCUGGUCCUUAUGAUAAAUCUAUAAAGCUGAAGUUCAUUCACAUAGUUAUAGACACGGAGCUGAGUAGUAACUACUGAGCAACUGUAUUACAGUUUUACAGUUCAUUUUGGUAGUUUGUUGAUUUUCUAGUCAAAAUGUAUGUUAUUCUCCAGCUGUGGGGAUGUUAAAUGAAAGCUGAAUGUGUUUUGGAGUUUCUUAGUUAACCCCUAAUCCCAAACCAAAGUCAACCAAACACAUUACUGAUGUUAAGGUAGCAUCAGUGUAUUUUAACACAGAGACUCAAUUGAGACCAUUCACCAAUUCCGUUCACACAGCAUCCUCAGUGGUAGAGUUAAGUUCAGCUAUGUAUCUGGAUUAACAGGCACCAGUUUCCACGUAGAAAACUAAACUGUGACACACCAACACACAGCCAUUUACUGUUUAUGGGCCUCACCCAGUCAGCUAGCUGAAAUGAUCCAUGUAAAACACCCCAGUGGAGUUCUCUUUACUACAGGCUCAGGGUGCACUUUGCUGAUGGUUUUGAACAUGGCUGCUGAAAUGUCCCACUCUUCCCUUGCUAGUGUCAUUGUGCCUUCUUUAUCAGAGUUAUAAAAAAGUAUUAUACGAAACGUCAAACUUCUAAGAAGUGUAGUUAAAUCAUCUUGCUUGUAACUGCUGACUGACCAAUUUUUUUUCCAUUGUGGAUCAUAUGCAAAGAUCUAGAAUGCUGAUUUUACAUCUGCAAGACCUUAACUUUUAAGUUUGUAUAUAUGCUAGUACCGUUGUAUUUUAUUUGUCAUAAAAGGUCACUGCAAGGGUGGUAUGCAAAAGUGAACCAUUAAAAUUGGGAAUUAUUGGUAUGGAUAUGAGAGCUGACCGGCGGACAGUGCGCACACGUCACCAAAACCUCACAGGCAGGUUUCCAGCAAUACGCAAUAAAUGCAAACGCAAUAAAUUCCCACAGAAAACACUAUUCAAUGCAACUAUCUGCAAUCAGCACAUAAAUGUAUCUCUAUAUCGACUGUCCCGUCACAUCUGAUGUCAGAUCAAAGGGGAUUGUCACUGUUUGGCACGUUUGGCACACGUUAUGGAAACCCAACCUGAUUUGAUUAACUCAGCUGCAAACUAAUGAGUUCACAUCACUCUCAGCCAACCACAAACAGCCACAGCAUCAGAUAGGGAGUAUAUAUGAGACAAACGCAACAUUGAUUUACAAUUGUGGUGACCUUCUCCCAGGCUACCUUUGCAUCAUCAGCCCGUGGAGGUCUGCUCGCAGUUCCGUAUAUGCGGACACUGCGAGCUUGGACCUCUCGGACCAAAACAUCAGUUUCCUCCAUGGCGAAUUGAGUAAACUCUCAUUACGCCUUCGCGCGGCGCAUUUAAGGGCGAGGAGAGGGGCUCAUUUGAUUGGUGUGAUGUGAAUCGGAUGUGUAAAACCCACUCCAUGCCUUCUCUCCUCCCUCUUUCCGACUUGCGCAGGUAGGAGGGACGGAGGUGGGAAAGAGGAGUAGCUGCGCCAGCGCGCACGGUGUGCCAAACUUGCAAAAUCCACCUGGCCACACCCAGUUGGCGAAGUGCAGGUGCGUUGCGCCUCCGCCUCGCCCGGUCUUUGAAACUAAGAGGCCUUGUUCUGUAAAAAAAAAAGCAAAAAUCUCCGUAGCUUAAUUCAUAUUCUCACCAGACCCCUUUGGACUGACUUUAAAAAAUAACAACCUCUGCCUAGUAUUUCACAAAUAAUAAAGCAUAUAUUCAACUAUUCAAAUAUAUCUUAAAGUCCCAGUCAAAAGUCUGGACUCACUUCAAAUCUUAGCUCCAUGUUAAAUUAUCUUGACAGUGUGCUUUUGUCUGCUAACACAUAGCCCAUAGAAUUUUAGAAUACAUAUCAUCAAACAUCACUACACUAAAGAGUUAAAAAAAAAUUGUUUUGUAUUUUGAGAUGGCUGGUAAACACACCUCUCCACCUCUCAAAUUACAACAGAAAAUGCAGUGGAAAGGCCAAGAAGCUGUCUAUGGACUACUUGAUGGAGAGUACUUUAAUACUAAAUCCCAAAAAUAUAAAAAAUAUUUAGAAGAUAUUUGAGCUAAUACACUAAAAUAAGCUGUUUAUCUGAGAGUAAUCUGGAACCAAAGUACACUGUUCACAAUGCUAAAAGAAAUGGCUACAAGAAAUUUAGGCCUCUAGUUUCCCAGCACAGUGCAGGGUGGCACAGGGUGAUGAACCCCGCGCAGAGCUAGUUUUGUGUAGUGCAACCCGAGGCGCGCUCAGUUUGGUACUUUGGCAGACCGAGGUGCGCUGAGAUGGGUGUGGCAGCGCAGCAGGGGGAGGUGUCGACAGAUCCAGCUUGGCGCAGUUACAGUUUCGUGCCAAAAGGCUUCGCCGAAGGUGCGCUAAAAGCUCGCCAGCUGAAACCAGGUCUACUGUCAGCGCAGGGGGAGCGCAGCCGGUGUAGUGGGAGUUUGGCUGACCGGCGGACAGUGCGCACACGUCACCAAAACCUCACAGGCAGGUCUCCAGAAUGUCAGGCACAUUAACGAUGCAAUAAAUAGCGUCAAAAAAGACGUCAAAUACUGAUGCAUUGUCACGCUCCUCAGUGUGUGAUAUUGAUGCCAAAGGCAGCCUUUAGUGUCUUAAUGAGACACAAUGGCCUGUCAGCUAAGUCCAGUGUGAACCCAUCCAUGGCAAUAGUUGACGCUCAGAGCAAUGAUGUAGUAUAAAGAGCGAUAAAGUCCAAACAGGGUGGGCGGGGGGUAAGCUAGAUGCUCUUCUUUACACUGAGGAUUCUGAAUAACUUCUUUAGACUGAAGAGUCUGAGAAACUUCUUUAGACUUAAUAAAACUGAAGAAUUUCCUCAGACUGACUGAGUCUGAAGAAGAGUGUCUAGCUCAAAACAACAUUUGUGGAUGUGCUAGUAAAUUACACUUAGGGGAGCUACAGUGUGCAGACUUUUUUCACGUUGUUUAUUGCCAUUCUGUUUGUCCAUCAUCUGUCUCAAAUGUUUUUUAGAUGUACACAUCUUCUAUGUCUUUUAUGAUGUUCUUUUCUAAGCCUUUCCAAGUAUUUUUGUGCCAAAAGCUAAAUGUGACUGAUUCACAACAUUAACCAGCUGUCACAAUGUAUUUUAUCUCUGUGGCCUUCAUGUAGCCAUGAGAUGCAGAGGGGAAGUGACAAUUUGUCUGUAUUUGACAAUCUGCAAUGAGAACAGGUUUACAGUUCACUCCAAAAUCAAACAUACAAUUUUUUUCUCUUACCUGUAGUGCUGUUUAUCAAUAUGUAUAGUUGCAGUGUGAGUUGCUGAGUGUUGGAGAUAUUGCCCGUAGAGAGUGUCUGACUUCUCUCCAAUAUAAUGGAACUAGACGGCACUCGGCUUUUGGUGCCCAAAAAUUUGAAAAACUCAUGUCUCUUUUCAAAAAACGUAACCUGAUUACACAAGAUUAUCAACAGACCUUGCUGUAAGCAGUUUCAUUUAGGAACCAUUUCCUGUCUACCAAACUACACCCACCAACCACCCACCAUGCAGAAGGAAGUGUGCAUCUACUUUAGGACAGGAGACUUGUGCUCAUGACAGCAUGGAAUGUAAAUAUUAAUGGCUUCCUCCUUACGUGAGCUAUAACAUUAGCUAGCUCCUGCUAGCAGUAUCAGUCUAUUAGUUAGAAUAUUAUUGUUGCUAUUUGUUAUUGCUGGUGGCUAACGGACUAUCAACUAUGGAUUCGUGUUCUGUUCAUUUCCAGUGUUGGGAAAGUCACUUUCAAAAUGUAAUAUAUCACAUAUUACCAGUUACUUUUAUUUAAAGUAACAAGUUAGUUUACAAUAGUGUCUGGGUUGGGGAAUGUGUUUCUUAUUACUCCACUUUUGCCUUACUUCAUCCAUAAAAACCUUAGAAGUACAGCAGGUGAUCAAAGCACAAAAGCUCACCCAGUCAUCCAUUCACAUGCAGUGGUUCCCGCUUAAUAUUAAAAUCCCCUCUUAUAUUAACAUGGGUAUGAUGAUACAGAACCAUUAAAUGGCCUGGUCCUUUUGAAAUAAACAAAUAGUCUACAAUAGCACCAGCGAGAGAGUUGUGUAAAAUACGAGGACGGUGCAUCAGCCUUGCUUUACCAUUGCAGGCGCCAGAAGUGGCACGAUGGAUGUGAAUGAAAAAAACAAUACAGGCCCCACAAGCUUGGUGCCAUCUAGUGCCAUUAUAUUGGAGAGAAGACAGGCGAUAUCUCCAACACUCAGCAACUCACACAAAAAUAAUCUAGAUUGAUAAACAGCACUAGAGGUAAGAGAUAAAAUAUGUAUUUUUGAUUUGGGGCUGAACUUUGAAAGUCAUGCAAAGCCGCUUCACUACUCAGUCAGUAUGGACACAAAUAGCCUUCAUUUAAAUCAUACAUUGUAAGCAGAAGUUACGCCUUAUUUUCAUGCAAUUCAUAUUACAUAUCUGCUGUUUGCUGUGAUUUAGAGACAAGAAAUAUGAAAAAAUGGCACAAAUAAUGGCUGUGUUGAAAGGAAUGCACAACUUUUUUUUUUUUUUUUUUACAUUGUUUCCCACAGGUUAACCAUGCCAGUAUCAUCCACUAGCAUCACCAUUCACACCACUCCAACAUUACCACAGAUAUAUGCUGGAGUGAAGCACAAGACAUCUGGAAUUUUCGGAUGACCUUAGCCAUUAGAACCAUGGACUCUUGGGUUUGAAUAUUGAACUGUGUACACAUUAUACACAUUCAAUGAUGUGUUGGAACAAGCAGAUGCAGAAUACAUCUGUGGUAAUAAUUGGGUCAAAUGAGUGGGUGUAUUAAGUUGAAAAAUGAGGUUCAAGAAAUGUUUGCCAACAAAAUGCUAACAUAAUCCUAGUAAACUACAGAUAGCACUGAUGCAUUGCUUUGCAUGUCAUUAGCAACUGCUGUUACCUCCCAUGGUAGUUGCUAGUUGGGGUUAGCCUCAUUUGUGACCCAUUUGCACCUAGUAUGUCACUCUGUGGUCUGGUCACAUAGCAUUCCCUAUGCAAACCUUAGGGGAAAAGCCAAAACAUUUAUCUUAUGUUUUUUAGCCCAAGGCGAAAUGUUCUCAUUCUGGGCCAGUGGUAAAUAUAUGUGAGACCACAAAAAUACAUUUAAAGGUUUGUGUAGCAAGCUCCAAAUCCUGAUGUAACAUACAAGAUACUAAGGUCCCAAAACACGCCGUCUUGGGGUUGGUUGUCAGUCUGAUACCAUUUACUGUGUUGCUAGUUCUGGGUUUAUGACUGUAGUCUUAUUUUUCAUACAGUUAACGGAGUACAAUCACUAGCCAGGAAAGUAGGGCUGGGUAUAAACCAAAACGUUUGCGCUGCACUGCCAUACUGAAAUCUGUACUGAAAGCUGACAUCAAAUGUGUAGUCAGAUCCAUAAUCUUCUUUACUUCUCUUUGGUCCAGUAGUUCCUGAUUUCAGUCCAAACUUUGAUGAAAAAAAAUGAGGGCAAAUGCACACCUACUGGAAGCACUGGCUUGCCGGCAUACAUUAAAAAAAGAAAUGGGAAGUUUGUACACUCAUAACUCAAUUUGGCAAACUGCCUUCUGUAGCCAAUUUUACUUUUACAAAGUUCUUCUUUGGCUGCUUAUGUCAGAACAACUUUUGGCAUUUAAAAUGUAUCAUGUGUCCAAAAUUCCAUAUUUAGGUCACAAGAUGGCACAUGAACAUGGCACUGUUUAAAGGGCAGCACAAAAUCCAGUAAGUGGACCUUUAGUUAAUAUUAUUUUGUCAAACUGCUGUACCCAAGAUCAAGAAUGAACUUUCAUGCUCAACAUUUGAGUACUGUCACUUAUGUUGUAAUAUAAAAAAAGACAAACAUGGUUUAUAUUUAGUUUUGGUAUUAUAAUAAAAACUCCGGUAUCAUACUGGCACAUAUCAAAAAAUGUCAAUUAAUACCCAGCCCUACAACAACAGAACUGAAGGAUGAAAAGUCACAUUUUAUUAUUUCAUAAAAUAAAAAUAACAUAUUUAAUAUGCAGAACAGAUAUAAGAACAGAUAUAAUUUUGGACAAAUGUCCUUUUUAUACUUUAACAAGACAUUGGACUGCACACUAUGGCAAAAAUGUGAACUUUACAGCCUGUACCCUCACCUUUUCACCUCCUACCACAGCAAGUAACAGAUGGUGCAUCUUAGUUCCAUGAAAUGCUUGAUGCAUCUACAACCCAGUAGUGUUUUGAUUAUACCUCAAACGCUCAUCUUGUUGUUGUGCUCUGAAAUUCAAACAUGAUGAUGAAAUAGAAGUGUUAAGUUCCCCUUUUACCUGAAUGACGGGACAUGAAUGGAGACAAUAUUUUUCUAGGUUAUGUGAAAGGUAGAGUUGAAUGUGUCAAAACAUUUAUUGAAGUUUCCUGUUUGUAUCUUGUGAAGGUUUGUGGUUUUACAAAACUCUUGUUUUUUUUUUGUAAUCAUAGCACUUUUUGUAAACUGAAUGCCUUUAUUUCAUCCAAUACCUUUUGUUUAAAACCUUCAUUACAAAUGUAUAGAUGAUAUAUUUAGCUCUUUUAGAGAACAAUAAUAUUUAAAUACAAUAUAAAAUGUUUUAUUUUUACAGGUACAAUUUUGACAGUGUUUUUCCUAUCAAAGUGUCAUUUUUGCUUUACUUGCACAAGUGUUCUGUGUAUCUCAUUGAGGGGUCUUUUAACAAACAAUGCAUGUUAAUCACAUAUAUUUGUUGGCCGAAUUUCUCAGAAGGCCUUUUUUGACUAUUCUAGGUCUGAGAGCACAGACAAUAAUAAAGCUUAAAUGGACAAUUAUAUAGCACUUAUAUCAUCUUUUUAUGGGUUGUUUAAUUAGAUGUUAAAAAGACAAACAAGCUAUACUGUAUGUUCAAUAACUCCAAGGGUGAUUUUGUCUUCUUCUAUCAUCCUUUGACCUCAGUGUGACAAUAUGGAAGAAUAUUACUUGAUUUCUUAGUGGUUUCUGCCUGAAAGCUGGUUGAUGAACACACAUUUUUCAAUCAGUUGAUUGCAGUUUCAACUUCAUGUGUAAUUUCAAUGAACUGUAUGACAGAAUCUGAGGAUUUCAUGUGGGGUGAAUACAAGCAAUUAACUGUGCAUGGAUCAAAGUUGACCGAAAAUAAUCUCUAUCCACUGGAGAAAGUAGAUCCAGAUUUGGAGUGUGGUAUCAGAUCAAGUUCAAAAUUCUAAAGCUAAUUUAACUGCCCAAGAAAAAAGACAUAGGCAAAACAGAAUGUCUCCCAAAUCCAUUUGGUGAGUGGGAGACAGGAGAUGCUCUUCAGUGAGAGGCACAGACCUUUAGCAAUUCAUGUCAAACUUCUUUAUAAGCUUCAGUGGUACCAGUGAACUUUCUUGAAUGUGUAUGUAAGAAACACUGCAAUAUAUUUUUGGUAUUGGUUCAAGCUGCUAACGUACUUCUAAAGCUCCUUAAGGUGCUACAGACCUCUUCUCUAGUUCUUAAAUGUAUCAUUUGUACAAAGUAUCCAGUUCAGCUGAAAAGCUGGCAUGUGUGCCUGGUUGGACUUUAUAGCUACAUAUAUUUGUAUUGUACUGUGACUUUUGACCCCCCCACCCACACCUUCCCCAGUCUUGGGAAUUGAAACAUAUUGGGAGAUUGCUCUGGAUGAUAUCACUCAGCAGAGAUGAAGACAUUGGUGAUGAUGUUAAAAAACAAGUCUAUGUGACUCCAUUCAAAGAGAGCUGAGGUAAAUCUGAAACAAACUGCAUUCCAGCCAUGUUGGUUUUGUUAUUGCAACAAUGCCAUCCUGUGACAAUGAUGCUAAUUUCAAUGUUUCACUUUAAAUCUAUUUUACAUACUACUGUUGUUUUUGUUAUUUUUUAUACAUAUAGGCAAAGUAAUUCUAUCCUUCUCUCUCUCUCUCUCUCUCUCUCUCUCUCUCUCUCUCACACACACACACACACACAUAUACAUACAUAUGUGUAUCUAUAUAUUAUCUAUAUCUAUAUAUAGCUAUGUCUAUAUGUGUGUGUGUGUCUGUUUAUAGGUUGUGUAAAAUAAAACUGAAUGCUGCAGCUUUUAAAUGUUUUUUUAACAAUGACAUCCAAAGAGGCAGAUUAUUUAUUGUCUGGCAGAAUAACCUGAUUUGAUUUACAUAUCUUGCUGCUAUGAGUGAGAAGAGCUGCAAUUGUCAACUCCAGUGUUUUUACACAAUGUAAUGAAAGUUCAAUAAACACAAAAGAAGGAUCCAACCAUAGGCCUUUUGGUCAUUUCUAAAAAUGUGUAUAAACUUAUUUUUAAUUGAUUUUACACACAAUAGCCACAACAUUUUGUUUCAAGUCCAUUCCUCCUUCAUAUUUGUGGCAUAUUAAAUAAAACACACAAACAAACCAAAGACAAACAAACAAUACCCAUAACACACUACCCAUAAACAAGGGGGAAAAAAACAGUGAUAAAACUACAAAACAAAAUCCAAAAUAAACUCAUAGGAUGGGAUGACAUAGUUCAUGUCUCUCGAGAUUCUGCACAUAUCUAUGUAUACACAUGUACAUCUUUAUCUGUGUUAACAUUUU